AUGUCCAGAAAACCAUGGCUCAGUCUCAGCUCCACCAACGGCAAACGGCUCCUAGUUCCAAAGUCUCCUGCUGCAAACGUCACAGAUAAGAUGAGCCGCUGUCUGCAGUCCGCCUUGCUCCUGGCCCUCCUGGUGGUCCCGUGGUGGGGGUCCCAAGUGGCCGCCGUCCCUCCCCAGCACCUGUGUGGGUCCCACCUGGUCGACGCCUUGUACCUGGUGUGUGGAGAGAGGGGCUUCUUCUACAACCCCGGCCGCGGAACCAGAGACGUGGACUCACUACUCGGCCUGCUCCCCCCUAAACCCGUGACCCAGAACGAGGUGGCCGAGUUCGGAUACAAAGACGCGAUGGAGAUGGUGGUGAAGCGAGGCAUCGUGGAGCAGUGCUGCCAUCAGCCCUGCAACAUCUUCGACCUCCAGAACUACUUGGAGGCUGAGCUCAGAGCGUCCUUCUCACCGGUGCACGCCCGCCUCAGUGCCUCUGGGCGUGGCUCCAGUCUGCCCUCUCCCCCGGGACCUCUCACUCUCUCCCCGGGUCUCCUGCACUCAGACACGGCUCCGCUCUCCUCCAGCUUCCCCCGAGUUCCACGUCUCAUGGAUCCCGCUGUGCAUCCCCGCGGACUUUUACCUUAG